CGGAAGGGAGCUCUCAAACUCGCGUUGGGCCAGGAAUUUCUCGUCGGCCCAUUUCAGCGUCUUGUGGCGCGUUUCAAUCGUCCACAACCAUGGCCAGACAGAAACCCAAGUAUGAAUUCGGGGGCCCUCCAGGGGCCACUGCUAUCGUCCUUGGCCUUCCAGUGCUGAUGAAUUUUCUCUAUUUCACCUGCAAUGAUGUGACCGGCUGUCCAGCACCAGCUCUUCUAGAUAUCCGCACUCUUACCUGGGAAAGCUUAAAGUCGCAAAUCCCGUGGCCACGGGAUGGCAUCUUGGGUUUCGCGAGCUGGAAAGCUACAAAGUGGACGCUAGCUUAUUAUCUGCUCAGCUUGGUCCUGUAUCGGGUGCUUCCGGCUCAGGAGGUAUACGGGACCAAAUUGCGCGAGUCUGGCCGUCCGCUUAAAUACCGCUUCAAUGCUUUCUAUGCCACCAUUGUCCAAUUGGCCGCAUGCGCGGUCGGCACCUACCUCUAUGGUGCGAACUUCGUCGUUUGGACAUUCAUCACCGACAACUACUUGCAAAUUCUGACCGCUAAUAUCAUCAUCGCCUAUGUCCUUUCGGUGUACGUCUACAUUGGUAGUUUUGGUGUGAAACCUGGUAACAGCGAGAUGCGAGAACUUGCCAGGGGAGGCCACACUGGAAAUAUGAUCUACGAUUUUUACAUUGGACGUGAACUAAAUCCCCGAAUCACGCUCCCCUUCAUUGGCGAAGUUGAUCUCAAGGCCUGGUUCGAGAUGCGUCCCGGUCUGACCGGUUGGGCGUUACUCAACCUAGCCUUCGUUGCUAAGCAAUACCGUACGUACGGCUACGUAACCGACAGCAUCUUUAUCAUAACGGCGGUGCAGGGCUAUUACGUACUCGAGGGUCAGUAUGCGGAAACAGGCAUUCUGGGCAUGAUGGACAUCACCACGGACGGACUAGGAUUUAUGCUCAGUUUCGGGGAUAUCGUUUGGGUGCCGUUCUUGUACUCGACCCAGUGUCGCUAUCUCUCAGUCUACCCGGUACAACUGGGGUGGAUGGGACUCGUCGCAGUUAGUACUGUGUUCGCCAUCGGCCUGUAUAUCUUCCGCGCCGCCAACGGCCAGAAAAACACCUUUCGCACUAAUCCCAAUCACCCUAGCGUCGCGGGCAUGUCGUACAUACAAACAAAGAGAGGCACAAGGCUACUCACUGCCGGAUGGUGGGGAGUCGCACGGCAUAUUAAUUACUUUGGGGACUGGACGCAGUCAUUGCCUUUUAGUCUCCCGACAGCUUUUGCGGGCUACCUCAUUUUUCCAGCCAAUAGCCACGUUGCAGAUGUGGGUGUCACUAAGAUGCUCGAUGGCCGGGAGGUGAUCCAGGGCGCCGCACGAGGGUGGGGCACUCUUUAUACGUAUUUCUACGCUGUGUGGUUUGCCACUAUGCUCAUUCAUCGUGAACGGAGAGACGAUGCCGCCUGUGCAGAGAAGUAUGGCGAUGACUGGGACAAGUACAAAAAGGUUGUGAAAUGGAGAAUCGUUCCCGGCAUCUAUUAGAGUGGAAACACUCUGGAAAACAUUGCUGGCGGGCAGCUCCUGUUGGAGCUUCCGGACGCAGCGUUAAUCGAAUACCCGGUCCCCAUCGGUUGAGUUCAUCAUAGAGGGGGUUUGCUUGCAGUGUAGUCGUUCCUGGCGAAGACGUCAAAAAUGGGUUGGAUAUGGAGUAUUUAAUGUAUAUCCUUUGCCACGUGUCUCCCGAGAGACUCCUCUCUAACCACUCACCUUAAUAACCCAGAGCCAUGUUCUUUUCAGAUGAAGUAGGGUGAUAGUUAUCCAUGUACUUAUCCCAGCCGGACUUCAUCAGGGCAGGCACAAGGAGAGGUGUAUAGACAAGAUAGGAA